AUGUGGAAAGCGCCCAAAGUAUACCCAUUUAUAUCAUCGCUUGAAUUGAGCAAGGGCACUUCGUUUAGUCCGGAAUCUAAUCAUUAUUAUAUCGAUAAUUCAUUUGAUUCCGAGUUAACCAUAACUAAUGUCAAUACAAAUGAUUUCGGAAACUAUUCGUGUAUUGCGAGCAAUGCUUUCGGUUCUGAUAUUCAAACCACUAUUCUUUAUGUCAAAGCUCCUAAACUGAUUACUGUUGGGAAGUCUAUCAUAAGUCAAGGCGAAGGUACAAAGUUUCGCACACUUUGCUCCAUACAGAAGGGAUCCAUUCCUCUGGAGUUCAAAUGGUUUAAAAAUAAGAUAGAGACUUCUGAAGAGUUGUCGAUCCUAUCGAUCGCAAGCGUACAGAGAAGUGAUUCCGCGAACUAUUCCUGUUUUGUUAGCAAUACUUUUGGCAGAGAUUCACAAACUGUUGUCCUUAGCGUCAAAGUACCCCCGACUUGGCUUAAGGAACCCAAAGACGUCCGGUUGAAGGCCGGCGACGAUGUGGUGGUCGAGUGUUUGGCCGACGGUUUGCCCAAACCUACUGUCAAGUGGGUUAGCUCUAAAGGAAAGGUAACCGAAGGCGAGGUCUUAAAUCUGGCAAAUUUCCGGUCCGGCAGUAGUGAGACAUAUGAAUGCAUUGCAGACAAUGGUAUCGGAGAUUCAUUGCGAAAAACCAUUAAUGUCUUCUUCAGUGAGAGCACAGAGUCGCCAAAGAUAAUACCACUGUAUCAGCCCAAUGGCCCACUUAUACAAGGAACCAGAUUUUCUUCUACCUGUGCCAUAGAGUCGGGCACUCGUCCCGUAUUCUUCAUGUGGUCUAAAAAUGGUCAACAAUUAUUUAAAUCUCAAAAUGGGAUUACCAUUAAAUCCGAUGACACCGAAGCUAUAUCUUCACUGUUUAUCAGUGAUAUAAGUGGUGAAAGUGGAGGCAAUUACACGUGUUUGGCGAAGAAUGCCUUUGGAUCUGAUUUCCAAUUAAUCAGAUUAGAAGUGUUUGUGCCCUCGAAAUGGAUUACUGAGCCCAAGAAUAGCAGCGCCAGAGUUGGAGAUAAUGUGGUCAUUGAGUGUUCGGCCGACGGAUCGCCGAAACCGCGGAUUAUUUGGAGGAAAAUUUCCGCAAUUAAUACAAAUAGUCAUAAAUAUAACGAAAUAAAUGGAAAUAUACUUAAGUUUGCGAACAUUCAGUCAUCGGAUUCUGUUCGCCGCUUCAAACUGCUCUUCAUAUCAGAUUACGUUCACUUCUCUCCUCUCUCGCGAGCUGAGUUUACUUAUGAAAUAUUUGAAAUGACGACCGAAUACGGGGUUUCAUCGGAGCUGUUGUUGAGGACAACCCAAAGGACUGACGGAUCGAUCUAUAAAUGCGAGGCCGAGAAUACACACGGAAAGGACGAACGCACUAUCAAACUGGUAGUACUCGAGGUUCCCGGACCGCCAACCAAUGUGCACGUGAAGGAGGUCUGGUCGCGAACGGCCCGAAUCGUGUGGUCGGCCCCCUAUUCGGGUAACUCUCCGCUCACUAAAUACACGAUACAGUAUUGGAGACAUCAAAGCGCACCGCACAGACUGCACGAGAUUACGGCCAGCAGUACGCAGACCACAGCAUUGAUCAAAGACCUGAGCCCUGGCCUGUCCUACGAGAUGACAGUCGUGGGCGAGAAUGAGGUCGGGAGGGGAGAGGCGGCCGACACCGUCACGUUUGUCACCGGCGAAGAGGAGCCGUCGGCGCCGCCCAACGAUAUGACAGUGGAGAGCAAAGGGCCGACAACCAUACGCGUCACGUGGAGGGCACCGCCCGCUGAGCACUGGAACGGCGCGAUCAAAGGCUUUUACGUCGGCUAUCGCAAGGCUCGGGAGACUAACCAUCCGUUUAUCCUAAAACUGGUCGAAUCGAAGGCCACUCAGGCGUCCAAAAGCGCCGAAACCGAAACCUAUGAAUACUUUUUGCGGGACCUCUCGAAGGGCACCGAAUACGCCGUUGUGGUCAAGGCGUACAACUCGGCCGGCAGUGGACCGCAAUCGCACGAAAUGCUGGCCAACACUUACAACGGCGACCUCCCGGCCGCUCAACAGCUGUCGGCCAUUGAGUCGACGGGGAGUUCAAUAUCGCUUCGAUGGCAUCAGAAAGAUCUGCGAGAGUCACAGACGCCGACCACGAGUUAUACGAUUCACUACAAGAAAGAGGGCGAACCCAAGUGGAAGGAAAUACCGCUCACAUCGUUGACAACGCCCACACCCGUGACCGCCGACCCGUCGGCCGCCGCCUUCUCCACCUAUACCUAUAGCCUACAGAAUCUGGAGUUUGGCGUUCAGUAUAAUGUGUAUAUCACUGCACUCAACAGAUACGGCUUCAGUGAUCCCAGCAAUAUAGUGGUCACCAGAACUGAAGGCGACUUCAAAAUGAUACAAAACGAGAUUAUGAACCAAUUCUUCAACGACGGGCCCUAUUAUCUGCAGCCGUCGUUCACAAUACCGUUGCUGUCGGCAGUGGUUAUCAUUGUUAUAGUCAUUAUCUUUGCGUUUGUUUGCGUCCGACGGAUCAGAAGUCGCGCGGCGGCCGAAGGCUGUGACGCGACUCUACACAAGCAGUUCGCCGGCUAUACGGCAACGACGCCCCGGUAUAUGGACUUCGAUAAGACCAGCGCUAAACCCAUGAUGCUCUGCGAGGACGGCAACCCAUACCCCACGCCAUACGCGACAAUGCCUAUGGGCGGCGACGGAUCGCAAAUUUUUAGCCCAGCAAUCAAAGCCGUGGGAACGACCACUUUCUCAUCACUCGAUGAUGAAAAAGGAUCAUCACAUCUACGAUCACCCACAAUAGGUCCCGACACAAUGGAUCCAAACAGUAGUGACAAUAAGAAUAGUGAUAAUAAUGAAGAAUUUAAGAUCUCAGUCGAGUUGAAUGCGAGAGGAGUCGACGGCGAGAGGAGACGACAGGAAAGGGCGGAGAAAGCGGUGGCCAAGAGAUGGGCCGUAAGCGAUGAGAAACAGCGCAAAACAAUCAAGUCUUACGGGAAGAUCAUCGAAGCCUUGCGCUCCAAAUCAGACGCCAAUUACAAACAGAUGUCAAUCGAUAGCCUCAAGAGAAUCCAAACGGCCCUCAACUCCGGGAAACCCAACAAAGCAAACAAACAGGCGAUCGUCCACUUCAACGGCGAGUCCACCCGUUCCGAGAGCUGCACCAUAAGUGGCGAGAAAUCGGUGACCACAGCCGUCACCGGUAACACCGGCCACGCGGUAACACUUAGGCCACGUGUGCAGCGAAGACUUCCACGAGUUGACAAAUGUCCGGCCGGUUCGCGAGGCAAACAACUAGAUUCGUUAAUACUUAUUAUUUAA